GGGGGGGAGCAAAUGUGUGUCUUGAAAAGAGUCAGGAGAGAUCUAAGAUCCAGACUUCAACCCUGAUUCAAGUCAACUAGUCAACUGACUCUCACAUAAAAGUGCCAGGGACGUUGAAAUUGAGACCAGCCUUCCAUGUUCCAUGUUGCACGAUGACGGGCAAGAAUUUCUUGUUGCAAUCCCCUGUCCGCCAGGGUCAUUAGCCGGCCAGGGCAACCUGGGCAAAGCAGACUUGGACUCGCUGAGCCAGCAAAGGCUUCAUGGCCCAUGUGUCGGUCUGCAUCUCUGUCUGCCCUCUGCAAUCUUAACAGACAGCCGUCACGAUGCUUCCGCUGGAUCCUGCUGCAGGAGGCCGACCGUUUUUUUCCCCACCGUUUUCUCCCCUGUUGUGGAACAGGUCAGAGUUUGUAGACUGAAGGUCAUGGCGCGGGAGGGCAACCCGUAGUCCAGUGUCGAUGGCCGAGGAUGGAGACAUGGUGUCAUCCUGACACAGGUUCUGGGGAAGAUUGGGGCUGGGAGAGGGAACAGAGGCCAGGCGGACUUGAAUCAAACCUCCCAGUUUCGCCCCAGGUUGACCCCAGUCUCCGUCAUCAAGUCCCGGGGGUGGCUCAUGCCUUCGCACCUAGGUCUCCGUCAUGACCUUGCCUUCCAUAGUGGAAUUGACAUGCUGCACACUGCUCUUUCGGCUGAGACCAGUGGCUGCGUCGAGCGCCAUUCACCGACACCCGGUGAAAGAAGAUGGGCAGACAAGCUGCACCGACAGGGGAACUAAUCAAGCCUCGUCCUUGAUACAGUGCCUCACAUACUCCGCCAGUGGGCCAGUGGGCCAAUGGGCCAGUAAAACCAAUGCGUCAGUGCCCCAGUGGCACGCAAAUCCAACGCGGACCCUCGGAAGGAUAUGCCGUUCGAUUGAUAAGAAGCGUCGUACAGGCACCGGGUCGAUCAUCCGCCCCGGCGCUGGUUGAUCGAAAACUCUCCUAGCGGUUGCCGUACAACCAAAAACCGCAGGCUCCAUUGCUCGAAGUUAAAAAAGAAAUUCAAUGAGAGAGAGAGGGUGGAUCGCAAGAAGGGAAAAAGGAAAUACCGAAUAUGCAAAGUGGCCGCGGAGAGCUCGAAAAAGCUCAAGAGCUGCACGAGGGUCAGUUCCCCGGACAAGCAGGCGGUGAUUGGCCCAAGCUCCGUCGAUCCUCCGUCGUCGACUUUGGUCUUUCCAGCAACUUCCGCAUUUUCGGCAUUUCUGUUUGUGCCAAACUUGCUGAUCCAGAGAGCCACCCACAACCUCUCCAUGAGCGCGCUACUUGAAACCUCCCUAGGCGACAUCGUGAUCGACCUAUUGGUCGACGAGUCGCCCAAGGCCUGUGAAAACUUCCUGAAGCUGUGCAAAAUCAAGUACUACAAUUUUGCGCCCGUGCACAGCGUCCAGAAGGACUUUAGCUUCCAAACCGGCGACCCGCUCGGCCCAGACGCGCCCGAUAGCGAUGGCGGUUCAUCGAUCUGGGGUGUCCUGGGUGGCCCCGCGAAGCGGACCUUUCCGAUCGACCUGCCGCCGAAAAUGAAGCAUCUUGAACGGGGGACGGUCAGCAUGGCUACGGUGCCUGCGCCCAAUGAUCCGGACCAGCGGGUCGCCGGCAGCCAGUUUCUGAUCACACUGGGAGAGAACUUGGAUUAUCUGGAUGGCAAAGCGGCCAUCUUUGGCAAGGUUGUCGAGGGAUUCGAUGUGCUGGAGAAAAUAAAUGAGUCAUUCAUUGAUGACCGAGGCCGGCCUCUGAAGGAUAUUCGCAUUCGCCAUACCGUUGUCUUGGAUGAUCCAUUCGAUGACCCUGCGGGGCUGGUCGAGCCGCCCGAGAGUCCCGUACCGACGAAAGCGCAACUCGCUACCGUACGAAUCGCCGAUGAUGAGGACUUGGAUGAAGAGAUGGACGAGGCUGCGAUGGAGAAGCUGCGCCGGGAGCGCGAAGCGCGUGCCCAGGCGCUGACUUUGGAGAUGGUGGGUGAUCUGCCCUUUGCCGAUGUCAAGCCUCCUGAGAAUGUGCUGUUCGUCUGCAAAUUGAAUCCCGUCACACAAGAUGAGGACCUUCAAUUGAUUUUCAGUCGGUUUGGAACUAUAUUGUCGUGCGAGGUGAUUCGAGACAAGCGCACGGGCGACAGCCUACAGUAUGCAUUUAUCGAGUUCGAAAACCAAAAGGACUGCGAGCAGGCCUACUUCAAAAUGCAAGGCGUGUUGAUCGACGACCACCGCAUCCACGUUGAUUUCUCACAAAGUGUCUCCAAACUAUCCGAUACCUGGCGUAACGCAACCGUAACCAAGCGCCAACAGCGCGGCGGUUUCGGCGGUGUUGCCGAUCUCGAACAGAAGCGACAAUACCGUGUAUCCGACGACUCUCGCGCUGGGGAUCGCGACAAGGCGUACAACAUGGUCUUUGACCGGUCACGCAACGAUCGACCCUCUGCUCCAGCUCCAUCUGCUCCUCGCCGCGACGGCCGGUCCGAUCGCAGCCCUAGACGAGAUUCAUAUCGUGAGCGGCGCAGCAGUCGCAGUCCUCGAGGCCGAGAUUCACACCAAGAGCGGCACCGGCGGCGAGAAUCUAGCCGGAGUCCUGGACGGCGGGACUAUGAGCGGCGAGACCGAGACCGUGGGGAUCGGGGACGCUAUCGGGAUGACCGUGGAGGCCGAGACUGGAAUCGGGAUCGGGAUCGGGAUCAGGGCCGUCGAGAUGAUCGGUAUGAGCGGCAACGAUGAGGGGGGUUUUGUAUAUCAAUAUCGAAAAAUUGUGCCAGCAUAUCCCAAAUACUUGAAUGAUUAUACCAUGUCUUAUAUCCCUGGAGUUACAAAUUUUAAAGGCG